GCAGCACCAAACCCUCAAAACCCUCUUCAUCUUCUUCUUCUCUCAUUCCCACUCACAAAAGACUUUUCAUUUUCCAUCCUUCUUCCCACAUUUCUUCUGGGGCUUUUUUUUUUUCUUUUUUUUUUUCAUCUUUCUUUGAGCAAAAAUGGUGAAGAUUUCAUUAGUGUUAUGUGUUUUGGCAAUCUUUGCUUUUGCAGAAGUUGUGAACUCAAAGACUAUUGCACCUGCACCAGCAGUUGAUUGUUCAACAAUCAUAUUCAGUAUGGCUGAUUGUUUAACAUUUGUUACAAGUGGGAGUAAAGUUACUAAGCCAGAAGGUGCAUGUUGCAGUGGAUUGAAAACUGUGUUGAAGGCUGAUGCUCAGUGUAUCUGUGAAGCUUUUAAGAAUAGUGGGAGUUUAGGGGUUGUUUUGGAUAUUAAGAAAGCUAUGACUUUGCCUGCUGCUUGUGGUGUUUCUGCUCCUUCUAUUGAUAAAUGUGGAUUGGCUCUUUCCCCUGCUGGUGCUCCUGCACAAUCUCCAAGUAGAACCACUGUUCUACCUCCCACUUCAGCCAUGUUUUCUCCAGUACCUUCACCUGCUGCUGAAGACGCCGCAGGAGGUUUUCAAAUUGAAGCUCCAGCUCCAGCCCCAAAACCAUCUGAUGCAUCGACUACCAUGAUUUCUUCAUUUGCUCUUCUUGUCAGCCUUGUUGCUGCAUCAUACUCGCUCUUCUGAGAUGAGUUAUAUACAUCACCAUCUAGUUCUCUUUGGACAUAAUUUAUCAGUAGCUUAAACAUUCAUAUGUUCCAUGAGGUAGGAUGUUGCAGGGGGUGGAUUAUAUAUUCUGGUUAGGUUUAUUUUGUGUUAUUACUGUAUGCUUAGCGAUUUCAUUGUGUUUGUUUAUAUAUUCUGUUUACAGUAGCAGAAAGACCUUGACAUCUCCCUUGUUUACUUGUUUUGGGUUUUAUAGAGCUGCCUUAUCUUUUAUUUUCUUAUGGUGGUGUGAUCAAAUAAGACUAGGGUGUUGCUGUUUUCUUAGUGCUUCAGUUUUUAUCUACUUUCUAAAGCCUGGCACUGCCAUAUUCAAAUGAUUAUGAUUAUAUUUGAA